AUGCCUUACUAUCCAGGCCUAGAACGAUAUGAGAUCUUGGAAAAGGUCGGAGAUGGAGCUUUUUCGAAUGUCUACAAGGCAUUAGAUACGGCAACUGAUAAAAAGGUAGCCAUAAAAGUUGUUCGAAAGCAUGAGCUUACAGCAUCCGAGAAUGGCAAGAACCACCUUCAUCCUAACAUGAAAAAGAAGACAAAAGCAACCGAGCGUGCAAAUAUCUUGAAAGAAGUUCAAAUCAUGCGCAACAUCAAGCACGAAAAUAUCGUUCAAUUGACCCAGUUCUCUGAAUCAGACGACUACUACUUUCUGGUCCUUGAACUCUGUGAAGGAGGCGAACUGUUUCACCAGAUUGUCAAACUUACUUACUUUAGCGAAGACCUUGCCCGCCAUGUUAUCGUCCAAGUGGCACAAGGUAUUCGCUAUUUACACGAAGAGUGCGGUGUAGUUCAUCGUGAUAUCAAACCUGAAAAUAUUCUUUUCGAUCCUAUCCCGAUUGUACCCUCAACAAGCCCUGUAAAUACAUUUGACGAUGAAGACAAAGAAGACGAGGGAUUGUUUGUACCUGGUGUAGGUGGUGGCGGAAUAGGCCGAGUCAAGAUCGCCGACUUUGGCUUAUCCAAGGUUAUCUGGGACAACUCUACUCUAACACCAUGCGGUACAGUAGGCUACACAGCCCCGGAGAUAGUAAGAGAUCAAAAAUACUCUAAAUCUGUGGAUAUGUGGGCUAUUGGAUGUGUACUCUAUACCAUUCUCUGUGGAUUCCCUCCCUUUUACGACGAGUCGAUCCGCGCACUAACAGAAAAGGUCGCACGAGGCCAGUUCACUUUCCUCAGUCCCUGGUGGGACCCAAUCUCUGACUCGGCCAAGGAUCUGAUUCGCAACUUACUAUGUGUGGAUCCCAAUGAACGAUACACAAUCGAAGAAUUCUUUGAACAUCCUUGGGUAACCAAUAGUCCUUUCCCCCCGAAGAAACCCCUCAGUGCUCACCCACUACCAACAAAAGCACGUACCGAAAAGGUUGUUGAUGCACGAACCCAGGCUAUAAAGGAUCUUUUCUCGCCUGGCGUGGCAUCUAUAAAGGAAAUUCUUGAUAUUACUUAUGCUGUUCAGCGUAUGGGAGAAGAAAAGUCUCGAAAGGUUCCUGGCAAUCGUAAACAAGUGGAUGAUGAAGCUGGAUUCAUCGGUGGUUACGAUUCUAUAUCUGAAGAAGAAGAUGGAGAAGGAGAAGGAGAA